GCUUUAGAGUGUCAUCUUCAUCCCCAACUGUGUGUAUAUAACAAGCUCUGUUAGAGGGAGAUUCAUACCCUUCACAUUCAUACUUCAACCUUUAGAAAGCUCUCAGUAAUGGCUGGUCUGAUACUGCUCCUCGUUGCACCAAUAGUGCUGGUCACUGCAUAUCCACUGACGGCACACGCAGACGGAGGUAUCGUGGCCUUCACUGCGGUUCUACAACCUCCAAGUGGGGACGGGUCUGAUGGCUUUCAAUCCAUGGGACCCUACAGCAGUGACACCACAAUCAUUUAUGGCAAUGUGAUCACCAAUAUUGGAGAUGCCUAUAAUUCAGCAACAGGGAUCUUCACUGCUCCAGUGAAAGGAGUCUACUUCUUUACCUUCACUACCUACAGUUGGGUGUCGAGUGCAGACAUCGGUGUCCAGCUGAUGAAGAACACUGAUGAAGUGGUGAUGGUUUGGGAGAAUCAGGACAGGGGUGAUAAUGAGGACUAUGCCUCCAACUCGGUGGUUCUGCAGCUGAAGGUUGGAGACAGGAUCUACAUGAGCCUCCCCAAAGGUUUCUACAUUGCAGCUAGCAGUUUGCACAAUCUUAACACCUUCACAGGUUAUCUGCUUGGUCAGAUGUGAGGGAGCCCUUUGAAAAUUGUGAUGAAGGGUUAACAAAUGGAAAGAUCAUAAUGUUUAAAAAAGUAGAAAUGUAACCAUAGAAUUUUAUUUAAAUAAAUGAGCAGCAUCUUC